UUUACCAAAAAAAACCAAAAACAAAAAAACUGUCCUCCUCUAACAUGGACAACAGCCCCUCCGUCCGUGGAUCCUGUGGAUCCUGUGGAGCCUGUGGAUCCUGUGGAUCCUGUUGGCCUAAAGUCCAGGCUCUGGUCCGGACCGUGAGCCGGAGGAAGCCCAUAGACCCAGUGGGGAGUAACUCUGGCUUCUCCCGCUGCCUGAGCACGCUGGACGUGAUCGGGCUGGGCGUGGGCAGUACUCUGGGUGGGGGGGUGUACGUCCUCUCCGGUGAGGUGGCUCGUGAGGCGGCCGGUCCCAGUAUCGUGCUGUCUUUCCUGGUGGCGGCAGUAGCAGCGGUGUUCUCGGGGCUGUGCUACGCUGAGUUUGGAGCCAGGGUUCCUAAGAUGGGGUCUGCGUACCUCUACGCUUAUGUCACUGUGGGGGAGCUGUGGGCCUUCGUCACCGGUUGGAACCUGCUCCUGUCCUACGUCAUCGGAACAUCGAGUGUGGCCAAAGCGCUGACCGGGGCGUUUGAUGACCUCAUCGAUAAUGUGAUUGGUCAAACUCUGGAGCGGCACAUGCCCAUGAAAUCCCCCGGCCUCGCCCCCUACCCCGACUUCUUCUCUGCGGCGCUUGUCAUGCUGCUUGCAGGAGUUCUAGCGUACGGUGUGAAGGAGUCGGCCAUCUUGAAUACGAUCUUCACCGGUCUGAACGUGGCAGUGCUCCUCUUCAUCAUCAUCUCUGGGUUUGCCAAAGGAGACCUCCGAAACUGGAGUCUGAGCAAAGCAGACCUGAACUACACCGCGCACGCAAGGAACCUGUCUUUUGCUCAGAACUCGUCAGACUUGCACUUUGGCUCUGGAGGGUUUUUCCCGUUUGGAUUUGAGGGAACUUUAUCUGGAGCAGCCACGUGUUUCUACGCCUUUGUAGGCUUCGACUGCAUCGCCACCACAGGUGAGGAGGUGCACAACCCUAAGAAGGCCGUCCCUCAGGGCAUCGUGGUCUCCCUGCUCUUGUGUUUCGUGGCGUAUUUUGGCGUCUCUGCUUCUCUGACGCUCCUGAUGCCCUACCACCUUCUGGACACUCACAGCCCUCUGCCCGUCGCCUUCGAGUACGUGGGCUGGGACCCGGCCAAGUACGCUGUGGCUGUGGGCUCCUUCUGUGCUCUGUCCACCAGUCUUUUAGGUACGAUGCUUCCCAUGGCCCGUGUGCUGUUUGCAAUGGCCAGAGACGGGCUCCUCUUCAAACCUCUGAGCUUCACCAGCUCCAGACAAAGUCCAGUGCUGUCCACUCUGUGCUCCGGAGCUGUGGCCGCCUUCAUGGUGCUGCUGUUUGACCUCAAAGCUCUGGUCGACCUGAGUUCCAUCGGGACCAUCUUCGCCUACACUCUGGUGGCCAUCUGCAUCCUCAUCCUCAGGUACAAAGAAGAGAACAUGAUCGUGAGGAGGGAGGACUUCAGUGUGAUGGGUCUGCUCAUCCCUCCAUACAGAGCCACUCCACGGACCUCCAAGAACGUCAGGGUGCUCAUCAUCUGCAUCUUGGUGUUGGUUCUGCUGCUGAGUCUGCUCCUGUCUGAAGCUCUGGUCUCCCUCCAGACUCGGGAGGUCUGGUCCGUGCUCUUGGUCUCAGUCCUGGUCUUGGUCCUGGUCCUGGCCGUGGUCCUGAUCUGGAGACAGCCUCAGAACUCCACCAAAGCCUCCUUCAUGGUCCCGUGGGUGCCCCUGAUCCCCGCCCUGUCCCUCUUCAUAAACAUUUACCUGAUGGUGCAGCUCGGAGCAGAAACAUGGAUCAUCUACAGCGUGUGGAUGCUGCUGGGUCUGGUGAUCUACUUCUCGUACGGGCUCCGUCACAGCGCUCAGAGAGGACAGACCCGCAGCGCGCAGGAAAACUUCGCCCACAUCAUCAGGAACUCUGUGCACGCAAGGAACCACAUCCCCGCGGCGUAGAACCAGCAACCACCUCACCCCAAUAGCACAGAACCAACAGAAACCUCCCCUGAAUAAUGAAAGAACUACUUGUGGGUUUCAUUCACAGAUCUCUAUUUUGAAGUACAUUUAGAGGACUUUUGCUCUUCAAAUAUACUUGCAUUAUUUUUAUUUUACUUGUUAAUCGAUACGGCAACAGUCCCAACAUUUCAUCACCCUGAAUUUGGAAAGCGUUGGGAAAGUUCUUAAUGUUUUACAACAGAAAUCAUUGUAAAAAUCUGAAGCAGUUCUUGUUGAAUCAUCUGAAGCAACUUUCUGAAUUCUAAUAACAAGAAAUAAGAAUAAUAUGAUUUUUUUUGCAGAGCCUUUCCAGAUUUUCAGAGCAUUAUUCAUUGGCCAGAGUCUCACAGUAAAGAUGGGGAAGUGUCUUGCUCAAGAACACAACAGACAUAAAAUGUGCAGAUAUUUCGAUACUGUACUGUUGAAUAUAAAUCUGUUUUUGUUUUUAUUCUCUAACGUCUCAGAUGUUUUAAAAUAUUUCAGGGCGACUCAUGUGUCGUGUUCAGCUUUUAGCCAAAAGUUGAAGUUUGUGCGAGAUCUUUUUUUUUUGUUUUGUUUUUAUUGCCAGCUGUUUUUCGUAUAAAGUGAUGUAUUAUAGAAAUGUCUUACAAAAGUAUUUUAGAUGUGCUGUAGAAGUUUUCUUGGCUGAUCAGUCCUGGAUUCUAGUUCGUA